AUGUCGCAGAAUGAGGAUCUCUCGUUUAAGCCGCUGGAUGAUUGGACCUUUAUGACUGAGAGGGAGUUGGAUAGGGGUGGGGUGGAAGUAUUGGAGAGAGAUAAAUUGACUGGAAAAUACCAUAGUCGCAUGUCGACUCUUGACUAUAAACUUGAUGUUCACAACCACCAAAGGGCUAGACACCUGGGCGACUCGACAGCGCCGCGGCUAUUUCCCAUCAACCUUCUGGUCGGUCGUAUCCAAGAACCUCAACGGUACAUUCGGGUGUGA